GACACUUGCAACACAUGUAGUCAACACUGCCGUGUCAUUCAGAAACUGAUUGUCUUGUGAUGACAGUUAAGGAGUGACCUGCCAAUGAAGACAAUUCGUACUUGUUCAGUCGGAAACGAGUUCUAUCAACAUGUUAGGAAACUUAUUUGAAGAAGAGAAGGGCGCUUUUGAAACACUUGAGACAGCUCUUUUCGGUUCUGUGAAAGGCGGGGCACCAAGAACACCCAGAUCUCAAUGUAAAUUGGCCGGUAUCGCCAAUCAAGGAGCGACUUGUUAUCUAAACUCGCUGCUGCAAACUCUACUUUUAACACCGGAAUUCAGAGAAUCCUUGUUUCAACUGAGCGAGACAGAUCUUGGCCGUCUGGAAGACAAGGAUAAACCUGGCGCUAAGGUGCGAGUGAUCCCACUGCAGCUGCAACGCCUGUUUGCCCGUCUGCUCCUUCUUGACCAGCAGAGUGUGUCCACAGCUGACCUCACAGAGUCUUUUGGCUGGACUAACAACGAGCAAUUCCAGCAGCAUGAUGUGCAGGAACUCAACAGGAUCCUGUUCUGUGCUAUUGAAGAUUCACUGGUGGGGACAUCUGGGCAAAGUCUGAUACAGAGGCUCUACCAUGGAAAUAUCGUCAAUCAGAUCAUCUGCAAGGAAUGUGGGAAGAUCAGCGAGAGAAGGGAGGACUUCCUUGACCUGACGCUGUCUGUCAGCGGCAUGGACAGCCUGGAGACAGCACUCAACAGCUUCUACUGCACCAUGGAGAUGAUGGACGGCAAGAACCAGUACCGCUGUGAGCAGUGCCAGAAACUUGUGGAUGCUGAGAAGGGCGCCAAGAUUCGCAACCUUCCUCAGAUACUGACCAUCUCCCUCCUGAGGUUCAGUUAUGACUUUCAGAAGAUGCAGAGAUACAAGGAAACAGGGAAGUUUACGUUCCCCAUGGAGCUGGACAUGAAACCCUACGUGGAGAAGACAUCAGAAUCUGAUGACGAUCUUCAGUAUGAGUUGUUUUCGGUGGUGAUACAUCGUGGCGGAGCGUACGGGGGCCACUACCACGCCUACAUCAGAGACAUCGACAACCUUGGACACUGGGUUCAUCCUGGUAAGGUUGAUGUGGAGAUUGUGGGGAAGCGCCAGACAGGAGCUGUGGAGCUGAUCAAAACCAACUCUCCUGCUGAGCUCAUUGAGAUCAUCCUGCUGAAGAAUCCUAACCAGGCCAUGCCAGUGGAUCAACUGGGAUCUGAAAUCAGCAAGCAGACUGGUGUCACAUGGAACAAGCGCUACAAGAAGAACCACGGGACUCUCUCCAAGUACCUGAGCAAGCAGAGGGGCCAGAUCCGGUACAACCCCGACACAAGAUGGGUGAUGCUGGCUAGUAGUGAGCCUCAAUCGACAGACAGUACGACUACAGGGACAGACUCAAGUAGUGUGUCGUUAUUCCCAGACACUGGUAGUGGUUCUUCAGUCACAGAGGAGGGAGUGGUCACUGAUCCUGCUGUGGCAGACGUGAGCGGGCCUUGGCCUCCAAGUGAUGUCCCUCCUGUCGGAUAUCAGUGGUUCAACUUUGACGAUUCCCGAGUAUCACCCAUCACUGUGACGGAGAUAGAGCGCCACUUCUCGGGGAGGGAAAGUGCAUACAUGUUGUUCUAUCGAAGAAAACAGAAGUCGAGAACACCGGAGGCUGAUGGGAAUCCAGGGUACCAGAUUCCAGACAACAUCCUGGCAGACAUUCUCCUGGAGAAUGACAACCUGGCCAAAGAGAGGCAAGAGUAUGAUGCGAAGGUCAACACAAUCAACGUCCAGCUCCACUUCGAGCCUCACUAUCACUACAAGGAAGGAGCUCUCAAGAUGUGUCACCCCAGUGGAAAGUUUUCAGAGCUCACCAUUGACAGAAGGAAAUCUGUGGCAGACUUGUUGGUGUCUGUUAGAGAGGUGGGAGGGAAUCUGGUGCCAGAGAAGUUGACGCUGCACAGAAUGAGGGAUUUACCUGCUGGAUAUCACCUGUAUGACUGUGUCUCAGAUGAACCUGAGAAGCUGAUUUCAUCCUUGAACAUCGACAACAAUGCCAAACUGUUCGUGUGGGAUGGUGAACUGGUGGGAGGGGGGUCUAUCCCUACUGGUCCCGAAUGUGAGCCCAUCUAUCUGACUAUCGUCUACGGCAACCCCUCAAAGUUUAGCUGCGGGUUUUCCAAAGACAUAUCCUUUGCUGCCUUUAAAUCGUCUGUUUGUGCCUUAACUGGAAUACAAGAGUCAGAUCUGACUCUAAAGAAGAUGGUUGGAUCCGACCUGUCUCCUGCCUUUCUUUCCCUGAAUGACGAGGAUGUUUCCUUGCCCCUGGCUGUUCUGAACUUCCAGGAUGGAGAUAGUGUUGUUGCUGAAGACAAGACAAUUCAAAAUGGUGCUGUAACACACAUGGCUGCGAGCAAGGAAAUACAGUUUACCGUGUUCGUGGAAAACAGAUGUGUUCAGACUGAGUGCCGUUGGACAAGACAAAUACAAGUGACAAAGGACAUGACUGUUGGUGAGCUGAAGGUUUUGGCAGUUUCCAGUUUUAAAGAAGAUGGCCUCCUUGAUGGGGGACGCCUCCGCGUGGACCAUCCAACAAUUGGUCUGCGACCUCCACUUCAUGAACAGCAAACAGUAUAUGAAGCUGGGUUGCUAGGCGACGUCUGCCUGGUGCUAGAGCCUGGUAAAGCGCCAGAAACAAACCAGAUAACCUUGACCUUCACACCCCAUGACCCCCAAAAUGACCUCCCCGAUAUUGAAAUCACUGUGGAGAAGGCAGACACAGUGAGAGACUGCUUGAGGAAAAUGUUGGAACAAGCAGGCUUUACAGGGGAUGACUGGCACUUGAGGAAGACCAACUGGUGUGGGGAGAUGGCCGAGGUGUUAGAUGACCUUGACCUUACACUAGGUAAAAAUCUUGUCAGCGAUGGAGAUCAUUUGCUUCUUCUGUCCGGGAGACUUCCACCAAAGGGUUACCUGCGUUUGCCGAUUCACCUGUACCCAACCCCAAGCAACCCCCGCAGUGCUUCUGACCAGCCUGGCAUGCUGGCCUGGAUCUCAGCUGGGAUACAAGGCCUCCUGUCUCCCUCUGCCAGCACAACAUCUGCUGACAUGGCAGUACCGCAACCCCUCCAGGUCGGCGAGAUCGAGAUAUCCAAGGAUGCAACCCUGGAGGACCUGAAGCUGCAGAUCAUGACACUGCCAGCCAUGACUGACAUGCCUGUGCCGACAUUCGAGUUCCUGCGAGUCAGACUUGUGAGCGACCACCGUCCUGGGCAGGUGUUACGAGGACUGACCCAGACACUGAGACGACUGAAGGUAACGUCCGGAAGCAGUAUUGCCGUCCAGAUUGUUCCUCAUGAGGAGAACCUUAGCUCAAACGAGAUUAUAAUCAACAUCAAGCAGAGACUCCCAGGAACCAAGACAUACGACAUGGAGCAGGAGCUUAUCUGGGACGUCUCACAUGGUGUCACGCCACUCGACUUCUUGCAAGCUGUGGCUGAUUUCCUGGCACUUCCUGUCGAGCAAAUCAGGGUUGCCAAACAUAUCACUCGACAGUUCAAGUGGCUUGUGGUUGAAGAACAAAAGUCACCCAAUCAGAAGGGCAAGAAGAAGAAAGGCGGGGCCAACAAAAACAGCAUGCGGCAGGCUCCGUACCAUGUACAGGAUGGAGAUGUGUUCGGCGUCAAGACGCUACAGGCAGACCCUGACAACACAGAUGACUUCAGCACAGAGGAGGACAUCCUGGGUCGUGAAGAAAUACAGCGGGCUGCUGAUGAAAAGAGAAAAAUGAGAGAGGAGCGUAAGAAAGCAUAUGGAGAAGGUCCAGCUACCCGGCGUCCAGAAGUUGCCCUGACCAUAAAAGUUGACUCCUUCACGUAGCACCAAGUCAAACCAUGGAAUAAUCGGUCUGCCAGGGAGAAUCUUGUUCAGCAUUGCAGACAUGAGGAGAACGACCAACUUUUGGGCAUCAGGAGCCAGUUUCACAAAGCGAAAGUAGUUCUAUUAUGGUCGUAAGUCAAUGAGUUACGAUCAUCGUAGCGCAAGGAGCAGUUUGUGAAAUGGAUCCUUCAAUAUAUUGUGUCAGUACUGUACAUAUGCUCAACUACAAGGGACAGGCUCAUGAAUAUUUUUUGAGACAUAUUUAUAAAAUUGUGUACCCCAUUUCACUAGAAAAAAAUAUCCCAAAAAUAUCCAUGAUCCCUAACUGUAUUUGUUAAGCAUAUUAAGGGAACAGAAGGAUAAUGUCCCUUUUCGGCAAAGGGAUCUGCAUAAUUUAAGAGGAAACUUUUAUUAAUUAUUAUAAGAGUUAUCAGCUGUGUUCAUUAAUAUGAGAAUGUAAACUGGGUGAACUUCAACAAUGUUGUAUUUGGGAUGAGGACAGUAUUAAAAGAAAAGGUAAGGCCAGACCAAUUUUAUUUCUUGUUUUACGGAUCCGCCGGUCGUUUUUUUUUCAAGAAUAAGAAAAAAAAAAGAAAAGUUAAUUAUCCCACUCAAAAAAUAAAAUCCUAAUGUUUUAUUGAUCAAAACUAAAUUUACAAGAAAGUUUUUUGUAGAUUGUGUUUUGCCCUAUUUACACUUCAUAAAUUGCCAAGAGUAAAAUACUUUUAGUAUUUAUUUAUUUUUAUUUUUAAUUUUCUCCCUCCUGCCUUUAGGUUUUCUGAGGACAAAAAUCUGUAAAACAAGAAAUAAAAUUGGUCUUGCCUAAGAAAAAAUUGUUUCAAAAGGCUAAUUAUACAGAUUGUUUUGUUUCACAAUUAAACAUAAUGCGUAAUAGAGACUAACCUCUUUAUCUGCCAUGCCAUUUAUUGGUUUCUCUACAAACUAAAAACUUUGUAAUAGAUUUUUGUUUUGAACUUCAUUGGAUUUCCAGUGAUGUGAUUAGUUUAUUGCUGAUCACCAGACCUGUGCAUUUUUCGGCAUUUACAAAAUGUUAAAAUGCACAGUUCAAAGCAUUCAUAUUCUUGAACACCAAAUUCACUUCUUAAAUAUCUUUCCAAGUCCUGGUUGAUAUUGUGUUUAAUUACUGUAUAUUUAAUGUCUCAUGGAAUACAUUCAUUCUAGAUGCCAAAGUAAUUGAUUUUUUCACAUUUUUGGUCCUUUUUGAAACCUGGAAUUUGUUUGGUAUAAUUGUCAUGAUAAUUUUUGUUUAGGUAAUUGAUUUUUUGCAGCAGUUGUGUUUUGGGAUGAGAUGUCUAUGGCUAUAUGACUUAGUGAGUGUUCAAAAUUAGCUGUGUUUAUUAAACUUGAAAGAAAAUCUUCA